AUGAAUGAGUGGAAUUUAAAGCUCUAUGCUAUCAUUCUAAGCGCAGUCGCCGCCCUCUUUAUUCUCUGUCAUUGGUCACGGCUCCUCGACAAGAAAACCUCUUUUUCAGCAAGACUAUGCCAAAAGCUACCGGGCUUCUCGUGGAUAACCAAGGCAUCUCGUCGAAUUCGGAGUCUUUCUGUUGGAAAGUUUCUCUACUUUCCUUCGGGAGGUCAUGCAGUCCUGACUGUUGCAUUCAUUGCCGUCAACAUCGUCUUGUCCUUUCAUCAUGUGGAGAGACAGACGAAGAAUUUCGCUUCAAGAUUUGGAUGGAUGACAACUGCCAACAUGGCUCUUUCCGUGUUUUUGGCGCUCAAAAACACACCGCUUGGGAUUCUGUCCGGGCAGUCGUAUGAACGCUUGAACUUCCUCCACCGCCUAGCUGGCUGCACCGCUGUGCUUCAAUUGGUACUCCACGCUAUCUGUUAUACGGUCCAUUUCGCCAAAAAUGACAGAUUGCCUAUUCUGAUUGAAGAAGACAACUGGCAUGGCAUUGCGGCUGGCAUUGGUAUGAUUAUACUACUUCUAGGGAUAGCCAGAAAUCUCAGGUACGAGGCUUUCUACAUUAGCCACAUCCUGGGCUUUUUGCUUGCCACCAUUUUCGCAGCUCUUCACAGACCCCAUUGGGUAUGGAAAAUCCCCAUAGCAAUGGUCUUCAUUGCAGCGAUCUGGGUUAUCGAUCGCAUUAUCAGGGGAGGCAGAUUGUUGAUUAAUCUCAUCAACAAUCACGCCACAAUCUACCAACUGCCUGAUAACGGGGUGCGAAUUGUGAUCAAGAAGCCACUGCUAGGAGCUGUACCAGGAUCACAUUGCUUUGUUUGGAUUCCGAGCAUCCGAGCAUUCCAAACUCAUCCCUUCACCAUCGUGUCCAACACCCGGGCUGGUGGCCUAGAGUUGGUUUUGAAUUCGUACAGUGGAUUCACCAAAGCCGCUUAUGACUGUGCUCAUCCUGUCACUGGGACAGUGGUACGCGCAUCUGUUGACGGACCUUACGGAGCUUUUCCCAAUCCGAAGAAUUACGAUACAGUAAUUCUGAUUGCAGGCGGAACUGGUGCUUCUUUCACAUUUGGCUUGGCGACAAACUUGCUACAGCAUCUCCAGUCUAAUUCUUCUACGCACGUAGAGUUCAUUUGGGCUGUAAGAAAGAAAGAGAAUUUGGAAUGGUUUGCGGACCAUGUCCGAUCUUUGCGUCAGCAGCAGUCUGGGAUCAACAUGAUGUUGCAUGUUACUAGACAAAGCACAAAUGAAUCACUCGGUACCGCACAGAAGUCUCUUGAAUCUUCAACUCCGGCGCCUGAACCUACAUGCCUGGAGAUUUCAGAUCAGGCUCCUUCUGGUCCGAUGUUCAGCAACGCCGAAUCGAAAUUACCCAGCUAUGACACCAAAGAAAUAUCCAAGGAAGCCAGAAGCAUUGAGGAUAUCGAUAGUCUCUGUGAUAUCAAAUAUGAUAAGUUAGAAGUCGUCAACGUCAUAGAUCAGGCGCUUGGAGUUAUAGAGCAUGGGCAAAAAGUUCUUGUCGCAGGCUGUGGGCCACGACCACUCACAGACCUUGUACGAACGGCCGUUGCCCGUCAUAUGGCUUCGGGGGAACUCAGUAUUGACAUUCAUUGUGAGAACUUUGGAUAUUGA